GUUCAUUGGGAGGAAAUAAGCUUUGAUGAAUGUUCGAAGUGAUAAUGCUUUCAGUGAAAAAACAACAGAAAUGAGUAAUUGGAACUUUUGGAUACCCUUCUUUACAUUCACUUCAUCAGAAUUGAUGGGUGGGAAUCCCAUUGUGUUUCCUUUAGAUUCUUCAAAUUAUUCAGAUUGUUUCUCAAGAGCACCCCAGAGGUACUAUUAUGCAUUUGUGGGCGAUCCCUUUGAAUUGGCAUGUGAACCUGAUUAUCUCACUCGUGACAACUCCGUACACUAUGCGAACGAAUCAUUAUGGUACAAGCAAAACAUGCAAGUGAAUUCUGAAAACAUAAGUGGCUGGCGUGAAGUUAUUAAUCAGAGAGGAGAGAACUUUUCGCUUUCCUCAAGCAGCACUGCUGAUUCUGGCACUUACCUCUGUUUCCUCAGAAAUACUUGUUUCAAGGUUUAUGUAUUAGUUGUACAGACGCAGAAUGAAACAGACUGUCAAGAUGCUAGAAAUUGUGAAGUUCUCCUAAUUCAGAAUACUGCAGAUAUAAUAACAUGUCCAGGAAUUGAACAUUUCAAUGCCUCAACAAGAUCUCCAGUAAAGUGGUACAAGAAUAAAAGGAUAUUUGAAGAAUAUUUUGAACGAGUAUCUCUCAAGAUAAAAAAUGGACAAAUUCAUCUAAAUAGAAUAUACGAAUCUGAUGCUGGUAUUUACACAUGUACCUUUAGGUUUGUAGAAAAUAAUAUCAAAUGGGUUGUGAAAAGAACAUUUACAGUAAAAGUUAUAGCUGAUGACACAAGGAGAGCUCCUACUGUUAUUGACCCCCAUCAAGUAAAAACAAUUGAGGUUGAGCUUGGACAAUCUGUGCAGUUAAUGUGCAAAGUUUAUUUUGGGUUCGAAAGAAAAUUUUAUCCCGUGAUCAAAUGGCUAAUAAAUGGCAAAGAUGUGACAGAAAAUAUGAGACUCCGGCAGGGUGAAGUUCAGAAGACUAAUGAUAAUGAAGGGUUCAUUUUAAUUCGGAAAGCCAAUUUGAGUAAAGUCACUGAAGAAGACUUUAGUACUAAUUUCACGUGCUUCUCCCAGAAUUCUCAGGGAAAUGCAUCUGGUGUGCUCAGACUGAAAGAGAAAGAGUUCAACAUCUUUCAAAUCAAAGUAAUAACCAUAUCCAUAUCAUUAAUGUUUGUGACUUUUGUUUGUGGAUGCGUUGGAGUCUUUAAAUUUUGGAUUGAAAUAUGUCUGCUUUACCGACAUUAUUUCUCAAAGGAUGAAACCAUUGGAGAUGGGAAAGAAUUUGAUGCCUUUGUUUCAUACGCAAACACCUCUUGCUUGGAGGAGGAUGAUGGCAGCAACAAUUACAUAAUUACAGAGGAGAGAUUUGCUCUGGAACUUCUUCCAUCUGUGUUAGAGAAGCAGCAUGGAUAUAAACUGUGCCUUUUUGAGAGGGAUGUAUUGCCUGGAGGGGUUUACACAGAAGAUGUUAUUUCAUGUAUAAAAAGAAGCAGGAGAAUAAUAAUAGUCCUCAGCCCAAAUUAUAUUGCACAGACUGAUUCAAGGGUUUUUGAACUGCAGACAGGAGUCAAGGGCAUGCUUGAUAAUUACAAAACCAAGGUGAUUUUGAUAAAAUUCCGCUCUCUACCUGACAUUGUGGAUCUUCCCGAAAGUGUAAAGAAAGCCAUCACAGUGUUACCAGAGAUAACGUGGAAAGGAAAGAAGUCUUUCCCCCCAUCCUCAAAGUUCUGGAAGAUGCUCAGAUACCAUAUGCCAGUGAAGAAGAAUGAUAUUGUUAAAAAUCAGGUUUUCAGCUGAAACCUGCAGCCUAAUUGACAAACUUGGACCUCACCGCAGUGUACAAGAACUGGAAGCACUGCAGAUGUUGGAAAUCAGAAAAAUAAAAUGGAACUUGCUGGAAAAACUCAGUAGGUCUGGCAGCAUCUGUGGAGAGAAAUCAGAGUUAAUCGGUUAGGUCAAAUGACCCAACUGAAGUUUUUGCGUCACUGUAUGCCUUCUGUAUUUCUAUUUAAUUGUAUUAUUGUAUUGUAUAUAUCUUGUCAAAUGCAUAUGGAAUACACAAACUCAGUCUUGCUCUUAGAUUACAUGGUGUGA